CUUUCGCUGAUGAUACAGUGUAAAGACCUAGAAACGGCAUGCCAUUUCGUUUGUCUAGGCAACUGUUUUACAUUCUUGCUGCAGGUUGUAUGUGCACAUGGAUUUGUAUCGCAUACAUUGUUGUAAAGAAUGGGGCAAAGAGUAGACGAUCAGAUGGAGACUUGUAUACACAAGAUGGCUUUUAUAUAUCCGAUGAGUAUGAUGAUACAGAUGAACCCAUUCAAGAUGUUGGGAACUGGUCGAAAAAUUGGAACAGAAAUGCUUUUAAUAGAGAAGAUACAACACCUGAAAUACUAGAAGAAGGUGAUACUGAAAAAGACGAAGGACAAAAUGAAGAGGGUGGAGAGAAUAACGACAGUGUAGUGAAUGAAGAAGAAAGCGAAAAUAAAGGAGAAAAAGAUGUCGAAGAAGGAAGUGACGAAGAACAAGGUUUCCCUGCACAUGUUAUAGAAGGGAAAGGAAACGAAAAUGAAGAAGACAACGAUAAUGCUGAAGAUGGCGAAGAAGAGGAAGGCGACGAAGAAGAUUUAAAAAUGGGACAAGCUCAUUUUAAUGACAAAGAGAACGUAAAUGACAUUGAAAAUAAGGAUACCGGAGGAAAUAUGAAUAUACACGCUCAAAUGGAAAACAAUGAUAAAGACCAAAAUAAACAUAAUGUAAACUUUCAAACGGAUAAUAUCGGAGAAAGAGGUUUUGACAAACAUGACGGUUUGAUUAAAUUUCAAGUUAGAGAUGAAGAUUCAGAAAAAGCUGUACAAAACAAUGCUGAAUUAUAUGAUAAUGAAGAGAAUAAUAACGAAGAAUUUGAAACGGAUGGUAAAGGUGAGAACGAUGUAGAAGAUACGGAGGAAGAAGAAGAUAAAAUAGACAGAGCAGCUAAGUAUAGAGAUUUUGAUGAUAAAAAUGCGCAUGGACAUGUCCUUGACGAUGGGGAAGAUGACAAUGAUGAAGAUGAAGAUGCGGUAGGUGAUGACAAUGAGCACGAUGAUAAUUUUGUUAAAAAUGGAAAAGACGAAAUUAAGCCUAAUGCUGAAGUACGCGUUCCCGAUAAGAUUCUCAAUGAUACGCGUUUGGAAGAGGUAACGCUACAUUAUAAUGCCAAAGGUGAUGUUUUACAAGAAAUUAAGAAUUUACCAAAGGUAGACUCUCAAAACAAGGCCGAGUUGAAACAAAAAGAAAAUGUCUUUAAUCACGGUUAUCAGCCAUUUGCAAGAUUAAAAGAAAUUGAACAUAAUGAUAAAAAUCUACAAAACUAUACACCAGUGGGUGCAUUGGGGCUUAAAGACAAAGAAACAGUAAAGAAUGAAAAUCAACAUGUUGAAACAGAAAAAGAUAAACAAAAACAAGAUAAUGACAUCCUUAAUCAGUAUCUUAUAAAAGGUUAUGAUAAAAUUGAAGAAGGAAAAAAUAAAACUAUUGAUAACAUGAAAGAUUCAGAUCUGGAUAUUCCUGUACAAGAUGCAAAUAAGGAUAACAUUACAAAUAUAAAAAAUGCGAAGAUAAAAGUAAACUUUACUAACAAAGGCGAGAAUGGCACGGGGGUUACCGUUGACUAUGAGAAAAUGCCAGCUGAGGAGAAACAGAAGAUGGAUAAGUUAUACACAGUACACGGCUUUAAUGCCUAUAUAAGUGAUAUGAUUUCCGUCAAUAGAACAUUGCCAGAUAUACGUAGUGAAAGCUGUAAGCAGAUAACCUAUGACGUAAAUCCGGCAACCACAGAUCUACCACAAACCAGCGUAAUUAUCGUCUUUCAUAACGAGGCACGUUCUGUAUUACUACGCUCUAUAUUUUCUGUGAUCAAUAGGACCCCUGACUACUUACUGAAAGAAAUAAUUAUCGUUGACGACUUCUCAACUUUAGCUGAGGAUGGUAAGUCACUGGAAGCAACCAUAUCACAAAUAAGUAAAGCUCAUCUGAUACGUACAUCGCAACAUGAAGGAUUAAUCAGAGCUCGUCUUAUUGGCGCAAAGCUAGCAACUGCCCCAGUUCUUACGUUUUUAGAUGCUCAUGUUGAAUGUUUUAAAGGAUGGUUGGAACCAUUGCUGGAAAGAUUGGUUGAGAAAGCAGAUACUGUCGUUUGUCCACAAUUACAGACAAUAUCCGGAAGUUCAUUUAAGAUACAUGUUCAAGACCAACUAUACGUUGGCACCUUUCAGCUGUCAAAUUUAGUGUUUGACUGGCUUCCAGUGCAACAUAUGGAUAAACACCUGCAAUCAUCUGAUACCGACACUGUGAGGACACCAGUAUUUGCAGGCGGACAUUUUUCUAUCUACAAGAGCUACUUUUACAAAAUAGGAUCAUAUGACGCCGGGAUGAACUUAUGGGGUGCUGAAAAUCUUGAACUCUCCUUUAGGGUAUGGAUGUGUGGAGGUACAGUAGAGGUACAUCCGUGUUCACAUGUUGCGCAUGUGUACAGACAGAUCAACCCUCUUGAGGUGACCAUGAAAAAGGCAAUAGAUAACGCUGCAAUUAGAAAUAACCUCAGGACUGCUGUUGUCUGGAUGGAUGGUUUUAUGAAAUUUUAUAAAGAAAAGGGCAUGGAAAAUGUAGAUAUGGGGAACAUAACAGACAGACUAGAGCUAAGAAAACAGUUGGAAUGUAAGUCGUUCCAAUGGUAUAUAGAUAAUGUACAUCCGGGUCUUUACGUGCCAGGACAGGCCUUACGUUUCGGAGAGAUUAGGAACUCGGCUAAUGACGUGUGUAUAGACAGUGGUAUAAAUGUUUUAUCGGCCCAUGUUUCAGCUUCAAAGUGCAGAAAUAGAACAUCACAGUUCUGGCAUCUAUCAAAGUUGAAUGCCUUACAAAGAGAGGUUGGCUGUGUAGAAUAUCCCAAGAAUAUCAGUGAAGAUCCUAGACCAACUUUAGAACGAUGUGAUGGUGGAAGCCCAAAUCAGUACUGGGUCUAUACUAAAAAUGGAUGGUUAUAUAAUCCUCAAGCUCAUCUCUGUCUAGGACUAACAGCAGAAGAGAAAACACUUCAGUUACUCAAAUGCGAAAGUAACGAUAGAUUUUACUGGGAAUGGCGAAACACCGGAAAUGAAAAUACUUAA